CAGGGAGGGAGCCAAGGAGUGCCGAGUUGACCGUUUGUUUUGUCUUUUGUGUCGAGUAGGUGAGCGGCAGACGGGCGGAUCGUAGCGUAGCGUAGCGAGCACCGGCGAGAUGGCCUUGGCCGGCGGAGACAGCGGCGGCGAGCUCGUCUGCGUCACCGGCGGCAGCGGCUUCAUCGGCUCCUGGCUCGUCCGCCUCCUCCUCGACCGCGGCUACACCGUCCACGCCACCGUCCAGAACCUCCAGGACGAGGGCGAGACGAAGCACCUGCAGGCUCUCGAUGGCGCGGCCACGCGGCUCCGGCUGUUCCAGAUGGACCUCCUCGACCCCGCGUCCGUCCGGCCGGCGAUCGAGGGCGUCCACGGCGUCUUCCACCUGGCCUCCCCCGUGAUACUGCAGCCCGCACAAGACCCCGAGAACGAGCUGCUGCUGCCGGCGGUCAACGGCGCGCUCAACGUCCUCCGCGCAGCCAAAGACAGCGGCGUCAAGCGUGUCGUCAUGGUGUCCUCGCAGACGGCCAUGUGUCCGAACCCCGACUGGCCUGCCGACAAGGUCAUAGAUGAUGACUCCUGGGCCGACCCUGAGAUCCUCAAGAAACUCGAGCUUUGGUACAACGUCUCCAAAACGCUUGCGGAGAAGGCUGCGUGGGAUUUCGUCCGAGAGGAAGGGCUGCAGCUGGUUGUGCUCAAUCCGGGGUUGGUGCUGGGCCCGACGUUGACCCCGGUGGCUACUGCCAGUCUCCGUCUGCUGAUGCUGCUUCUUGAAGGCCAGAAGCUUGACAUGGAACUCUUCUUCAUCGGCUGCGUUGAUGUCAGAGAUGUGGCACAAUCUCUGGUGGUGCUCUAUGAGAGCCCGUCGGCGCAGGGACGCCACCUGUGCAUGGAGUCCGCCGUACGCCUCGUCGAUUUCCACGAUGAACUUGCUAACCUUUGCCCCGAAUUCCCGGUUCACAGGAUCCAGGAGGACAAACAGGGCUGGGUGGUGAGAUCGAAGGCUCCGUCCAAGAAACUGAUCGAUUUGGGUGUUCGUUUCACCCCAUUCGACAAAACUGUCAGGGACACGGUGGAUUGCUUGAGGAGCAAAGGGGAAAUCUAGCCUGCGAAAAAAUGUACAUUUGCAGGGGAAAAAAUCUGCUGAAAAACUGCCGCCAUGCAUAGGACACUCUCCAGACAUGUAUCCAUGAUCAAUAAUGUAUGUUUUAUAUUGCAUGUUUGAAUAGUUCCCAACUUGAACUCAAGUGUAAAGUGUUGUUGUUCUCUGAAGGUCGAGUUCCUAGUCUUCUAGCGUGUGGCGUUGCUGUGUUGUGUGAACUCUGUUUGCCUUUUUCAUCAAUGAAAUGCAACGCCAUUGCUUUUGGUCA